AUGUUGUUGGUUGAAAUUCCUCAAAAUCAAUUUUUUUUAGUUCAUGCCACACUGUCGAAAAAUGCUUCAGUUGAAGAUGCCAUGAAAGUAUGUGAACCGUCACAAGCCAUGUCUCAACUGGUGGUCUUCUUUAAAGUGAUGUCACUCAAAAAUUUCUUCGUCAGUUGGCUUAGUUUAGGUUUAGAAUUAGGUUUAAGUUUGUUUAAUGUUAAUUUUUAG